AAUUGUUUCAUAAAUAAAAGAGAGAUAGAGAGACAGAGAAAAUAUGGAUAAAGUAGAAGGCAGGUAUGAUUUGUGAGACAAUUCCUCUGAAUUGGAUUGAAUUGCCCUGACUUUUGCAACGCAAUCUACCUUAAAUUUCAACACCAGCCACUGUGAGCCAAUUCUUUUCAAUUUUUAUUUCAAGGUUCAUUAAAACAUUCAACCUUCAAGACAGAAAAGGUGGGGAUAGACAAUGGAAGGAAACGUUGCUCUCUGUGUUUAUGAUAAUUCCUACCAUGCCAACCUAGAUCUUGACCAUUUGCAUUUUUUUUUUCUUUCAAUUUAAUGUUACAGUCGUAGAAUGGGAGAACUGAAGCUACUGGGAGUUUGGCCUAGUUCAUUCGUUUACAGGAUCAUAUGGGCGUUAGAACUGAAGGGCAUAAAGUAUGAGCAUGUACAAGGAGAAUUCCACAACCCUGAUUUCAGUGAUUUGCUACUGAAGUAUAACCCAGUUUACAAAAAGGUUCCUGUCCUUGUUGUUGAUGGAAAGCCAAUUGCAGAAUCCACUGUCAUUCUUGAAUACAUAGAGGAAAGAUGGCCACAGCCACCCAUGCUUCCACAGGACCCAUAUGAGAGGGCCGUGGCACGGUUUUGGGUGAGUUUUGCUGAAGAAAAGAGUACUUCGUUUAUGUCAUUCUUUGUGGCUGUUGGAGAAGAUUUUCAGAAGGCAACAAAGGAAGUAAGAGAAGUGCUUAAAGUAUUAGAAGAAACCAUUGGGGACAAAAAGUAUUUUGGUGGUGAAGAAAUUGGAAUUUUGGACAUAACCUUGGGAUGGAUACCCUUGUUCUUUGGAGUCAUUGAAGAUAUUGUUGGUGUAAAGGUGUUGGUAGUUGAUGAUUUUCCCCGCUUGUUUACUUGGAUUCGGAACUUCAGUGAGCACCCCUCUAUCAGAACGAACUUUCCAAGUCACCAUGAGUUGUUUGGUUAUUACAAGCAAAAGAGAGACUAUUAUUCCACCCAAUACAGCAUGAAUGCAGGCAUGAACUGAUAUGUAUCUAUACGAUAUAUUAUAUUAGUAAACUUCCUUGUGCUUGGAUUAUUGAAUUAGACUGAUAAUUUUAUUUCCACGAUCCAACUUCACAUUUCAACCUCAUUCAAUGCAUAAC